CUAAACAAACACGCCCACUAUUAGGGUAUAUACACAGUAUAUGAGUUAUCAACAGCCGCACACCUUACUUACCUCAUGUUGUUACAAAGGCCACAAGUUCUCUAGCCUUCAUUCUCCUUCUUUAGAUUCAGAAUGGCUCAGCAGAAGGUGGUGUUAAAGGUCCUCACUAUGAUAGAUGACAAAACAAAGAAGAAAGCAAUAGAGGCAACUGCAGAUAUCUAUGGGGUUGAUUCCAUCGCUGCAGAUGUGAAGGACCAGAAGCUAACAGUGAUUGGUGAAAUGGAUCCAGUGGCAGUAGUGAAGAAGCUCAAGAAAGUAGGGAAGGUAGAUAUAAUAUCAGUUGGACCAGCCAAGGAAGAGAAGAAAGAGGAAAAGAAGGAUGAGAAAAAAGAAGAGAAACCGGAGGAGAAAAAAUAAAGAUAUAUAAUACAUAUCAUCAGAUUUUUCAAAAUUUUCCCCUCUCUUUUGUUCAUGCUUUUCCUGUGUAAAGGUACCAUCAACCAUGCUAAGCUGUGAAAUCAUUCAUCUAGGUUCAUGAAUAACGAAAUUUUUCCAAGGUACAAACCAAAAGAGGUCAUAACUUUGAUUGUGCAUAUAGGAAUGGCUCCCUUAUCUUACGCAUGUAACUGGAGUUUCUUUCCCAUUUUGUUCAAUUGUAACUAACCAAUUCAGUCCAGAAUAAUAAAAUAUGGCCAAAGCAAUGGCAUGUUCAUGAAUA